GUAAUAACGUGUAAUUUUAUUUGUACAAUAAGUUGUAAUACAUCAUCUUCAGGUGGAUUUUUGUUUGAAAUCUUCUAGUUCAUGUCUGCAGAAAAAUAAUAAAAAUAAUUAUUAUCAUGUGUCGAAAAUUAUCCGAUGAAUGUCAAUACAGAUGUUUGAAACGAUUUUUAAUUGUGUCUAAUUCAUUGAAUUUAAUAUUCGGUACAUGUGUCAUUGUUAUGGGCAGUUAUAUACAUUUAUUUCUGAAUACGUUUCUACGUAAUAUGCCUGUACAUAUGUUAUCAUUAACAUUUGUUAUGAUGGCACUUGGUUGUUUAUUAUUUUCACUUGGCAGUAUUGGUAUACUCUACGUUUUAACUGGACGUCGAACAGUUAAUGCUAUUUAUAUAGUACUCUUAAUCGUAGCUUCAUUAAUCGGUAUCACUAUCAUUGUGACAACAUAUAUUCUACGUGAAAAGAUGGGUAUGAUGUUUCGCAAUAUCAUCAAAGAUGCUAUCGAUCAGUAUGAACGAAAAAAUAGUUAUGCAGCCUUUGUCAACACAAUACAAUUGCAACAUGAAUGUUGUGGCGCGGAUGGAAUUACUGAUUAUACUGUGAGUAAUUUAUCCAUACCAAUUUCAUGUUAUGCUGACGAUGCGAAAAUACCAUUUGAAAAAGGUUGUGCAGAAAAACUAAAUUCCAUUGUUCAACGUUUUUUAAUUUCUAUGGUUUGCUUAUUGACAGCUUUUGUACCAAUGGAAGUAGCAUCAAUGAUAUGUGCUGUAUUAAUGUCAAAUAAAUUGAAAUCUAUCCCAUGGAAAACAAGAUUUGCUUAUUGUUAAAAUAAAUAAUUAUAAUUAUUGAUUGUAUAAAACAAAUAGAAAAAGA